AAUCGGGCACGACAUCUCACAGUGUUAUGAAACUAGGAGCGUACCCGCGUUGUGACGUCAGACGGACCUAAACCCGAGCAAAUAUUGGCUUCCUUUCUGCUCGAAUUAUGCUCGUUGCUAAUGGUUUAGUAUGUCGUUAUUGGGACAAAGGCUUGGGCUUCCGCGCAAACAAGACAACUUGUUUAACCUUCCGCACUUAUCAUGACAGUUUGUGAUUAACGUGACUUCGAUACCACGCGGAAAAUAUGGCUGGAAUAAGAAUGUUUCAGUUCUAUCUGUGUGGUUUUCUGUUGCAGUGCACGCAGUCGUUAAACACCGGAGUAACACAUAGAGACUGUCCUACACAGCCCGAAAAUGCCAGUUUCCCUUGCACCAUGUAUACACUGCCUCAAAGAUAUUGCACGGACGAGUUAUUGGCGAAGUUGUUCCCCUGGCUUUACGAAGUGGAAGAUGAGGCGUGGUUAAGCUGGCCUGGACCGACCGUCGAGCAGCAGACACUCUCGAACAACCUCACGUGGUCACCGCCAAGAGAUGUUAGAACAAGGUUUUUGAAAGGCUACCAGAUAAUCGAAAUAGGAAUGUCUUUCGUCACAUUUGGUAUGACCCGAUGCAAAGUUAUAGAUGUAUCCAACAUAACAAAAAAGGACUACAUACUUUUAAGCGAAACGUCGUUCGUGCUUACUAACGAGUACGGGGGCGACAUGUUGGUGACCGUGACGCCACUUCCGCCGUUUCCUGUUAGUGGGAAUGGCAGCACACAGACCGCCGCUAUACUGCCGCCUUCACAGCAGAGUAAAGAGUACCAUCCUAAACUGAGCGUUAGGGUGAAUUACACACAAGAGAACGCUAGCAUGGUCAAUGUCACCGUUGAAAUACAACCGAAAGUGGAAGGACUUGAAACGGUUAUAGUGCAGGUUGUCAAAGAUAUGAGGAUUCUGCAAAGGAUAAGACUACCAAUAUCCAAGGAAUUUUUGACCAUAGGGAAUUUAACAAAAGGAAAUUUUACGUUGCAAUUCAUACCUGAGGAUACGAGCAAUUUCGGGACAUCAGGACCUUGUCUGUGCCGUACAGGAACGAUGUGUACGGCAUGCCGGCGCUACAUCAAGGACAUUGUACUAGGUGACAUCACAGCUGAGGACGCCAGCUCAAAACCGAGAUCCGUCGUAAGUGCGGUGGCCAUUAUCGUCCCUCUAGUUAUAUUGGUCUUGAUCGCUACUUCCGGGGCAGCAGCCUUGGUCUGGGUGCGAAGGCGGGACCAACUUCCAUCUUGGUUUCCGUGUAAACAUCUGAUACACUUAGACGAUACUAACAUUGGCAGCACGCCAAGACACUACUACCAUUUUCUGGUCGUCUUUGCCACGGACCACCCUCCACACUGCAAAGUGAUUAAAGCGUUCGUCGACAGUCUUAAGAGCUCGUUCAAAUGCGUGAUCGUUAUGUCCUCUUACGAACCUGAUCAGACAUCGAGUAUAUACCAGAAACCCAAUGAGCAAGACGAAAACGGUGACACGCGUUACUCCGAGUUUGACGUUGCGUUUUUCAUUCAUUCUGAGUGGUCAUACAAUCUUGUGACGGCUGUUGAGCGCGGCGAGGUUUACAGGGAGGAUGUGACCGACGCACCUGACAUUGAGUUUCUCAGGCACUUAAAUAAGUUGUGUACAAGCCCCGCCCUAAGGGAAAAAACCGUCUCAGUCAGGUUCGAAUAUUCGUCUCCAUCAUGCGUGAUACGGGAACCAUUCCUCGGGCCGUUAUUCAACAUUCCCUCCAACAUAAAUGCAUUUUUAAAACACAUUCACAACAAGCUCAAUAUUUCGCCACAUGCUUUAAACGGCAUUCAGCAAGAAACCUCCGUUUCGCUUUUAUCGACAAUAAAUGAGGCUUUUCUUUAUCAAAGUAGGAAGAGAUCUUGGUUAGGAACCAAACUGAUCAUUUUGAAGCAUUUUCCACCGAGCAACGAAUCUGAGUCGGUCCUACACCACCGGAAGUUGACAUCACGCACUAUUCGUUCGCGGAGCGCGGACACCAUAUUCUGCUCCGUGUGUAAAUCCAGGCUUGAUAGUCAAAGUUUGUACCGAGACUGUGAACAUUGUUCCUCAAGAAGACAUCGCAGAUAUUCGUGCAAUAUCAGUUUUUGCGCUCCUGAUAUUACAGACGAAGAUACAAGCCUGAGAAUGAGUUUACUGGAAAGUAAAUUUGACAGAAUAAACUGCCGGUAUGACGCUGCUACACUCGAGCAUUCAUUAGAUUGUUAAAAUCUUGUGAUAACUAAUUCAAGUCGUCAUUUUGUACGAAAAGAAGCGCUUAAGUAGCAAUGAAAUGUGAACAAAUCGUGGGAUUUCUUAAAAUUUCUUUAAAAAAAAAACAACAUCACAGAAACAGACUGUGCACCUCAAUAGACUUUGUCGACAUCAAUUUGUUUCAGGUACAGAUUUUGGGCGGCAUUACUCAACAAAUUAAGGCUAUCAUUUAAAUGUAAGCAAGUGUUCCAAGCUCAAUCUUUGACCGAUUUUUAAAUGUGUCCAAAUUUAACGUUUCCUUCGCAACCACAACUUUAACAACGACGCCAAUGUUUGCCUUUUACUUCAAAAACAGGCGAGCUCAACAAUAACGAUUUCAAUUACAAAAACAACAAGUGUCUGUAUUUAUCACAUUAAUGUAUUAUACCACAGACAUAUAAGCCAUAAAUGUCCGUGAUUAUACGACCAUUAUCACAAAUAUACAAGUCACCCCACUCGUUCGUGGUCAGGAUUUGCUCCUUGUCUUGUUUCCAUAGUACCAGCGGGCCAGCGUGUCCGGAUGAACGCCGCACGUGUACGCCAAUAUGAUCAGCUGACUGAGGCCCGUCACCUACGAUAAACAUUGUUAUAAAUUUAUGUACAAAUCUUAUUUCUCAGAACAAGAGUACCAUACAUGGACGCUAACGCACGCCUAUAUGUCAUACGUAUACCUUUAAGUGCUCUACCUAUGUGGGGGGUAAACACGUGCAACCAGCGUUAUUUUGUACACAAAAUGGAUUUAAAGUGGUCAGGACCAUUAUGUCCAAUAUCCAAGGUUCUGCAAUACUCCGGAUGACUUCGGAGUCGAUGACGAAACAAACUCUGUGUCACUAAGUAGACGAGUAAUGUGUACAAGUACCAGAUUUGUUUAGUUUUAUGGACACAUCAUGUAAAUAAUUAAACAUUUACGAAUUAAAACGUUAAUGAUU